UUUUGUAUCUAGGGUAAACGCCUGCCAGAAAGAUUUCAACUUACUAUAAAAAAAAAACGCUCACUGUGUUUUCAGAAAUGUGCUUCUAAAUGUAGCUUUUUUUUUACGCAUCGCUUAUUAUAUAGAUCAGUGAGUGUUGUGCUAUUUAUAAUCGAGUGACUUGUGUAUUUGUAUAGCCUGUGCACUUCUUGCUCUACCACAGCGUGGUAAUAGUCAUCCGUGUGCUGUGAUUGGAAGUAUUUAUAGGUGUUCAUAAUUGAACAGUUUGGUUUGAACAGGACUCUAAUAUACAAACAUGUUACUAGAUGAAGCUGUCCACUAUUCGUCGUUCCACUCGAGUUCACUCUGGCUCUCGUUGGAUAUUUUGUUUUACUAAGUGUACAUAAAUAAAAUGGUGUCGAAAUUGUGAGAGAGACGAACUGUGCUUGACAUAGCAAAUUACAAUUUCAUCUUUCACACGUGUUAAUAGCCACGUUAAUUAGCAAAGGACUUACUCAAGGAAGUACCAAAUGGUUGCACUGGACGGCUCCCAGGAACUUGUGGCGAAUACAGCCCAGCAGAGAAACUGGAGGGGGAUAGCUAUAGCCUUGCUGGUCAUCUUGAUCGUGUGUGCCCUCAUAGUUACAGCUGUCAUUAUAGCAACACCUAAAAAGAAAACAGAAAAUCUAGGUGAAAAAUUUACAUUUGAGGAUUAUAUUCAUCUAGAGUUACGGCCACAAAGCAUAGCACCACAAUGGGUUUCAGGGUCCAAUUUAUUCAUCUAUGCCACGUACGAAAACUCUAUACGGAUGUACAACUGUUCCUCGAACUCCUCCAUAGAGAUCAUGGAUAACAGCACAUUUAAGAUGUCUGAUCCUAAAGAGUUCUUCUUGUCUGCUGAUAGAAAAUAUCUUCUCUUAAAGCAAAAGUUGGUGCCGAAAUUCAGACAUUCCUCCUUCUCAGAAUACUCCAUCUAUGAUUUGGAAACAAGAAAUAACCCAGUGCGACUAUACGGUUGGCAUCAGCCUACACUAGGGCAGCAUGAUCAAAUGAUACUUCCUACAAUACAGUAUGCUAUGUGGUCCCCCACUGGAAGCGCUUUGGUUAUUGUUGAAGAUAAUGAUAUUUUCUACAAACCAAGCAUAACAUCCCCUCUGGUCAAUAUCACAAACUCUGGUAUUAAGAAUCGUAUUUACAAUGGAGUACCAGACUGGGUUUAUGAAGAGGAGAUUUUGGCUCAAGACAAUGCUAUAUGGUGGUCUCCCAAAUCAACGUAUCUGCUUUAUGCAACCUUCAACGAUACAAGAGUUCCUUUCUUCCACUAUACAAUGUAUGGUGAGCUAGACCAGGUUUAUACUUCAGAAGAGAAAGUGGCGUAUCCUAAGGCAGGCUUCCCUAACCCUGAAGUAACGCUCAAUAUUGUACAACUGUCAAGACCAAAUAAUGUCUACACAUUGAGCCCGCCUCAAGAACUGAUUGGAAAAGACCACUACUUUACAACAGUGAAAUGGGCAAGUGAUAAUGAGGUUCUCAUUACGUGGAUGAACAGAGCUCAAAACUACUCUGUCUUGUCAUUAUGUAGUGCAAGGAAAGGAACGUGUGUCAGGAGUUUAAAUGUCAAAUCAUAUACUGGUUGGCUAGACUUGAAUACAUUCCAGUACCAAGCACCAGUGUUCAACAAAGAGGGUACUACUUAUUUCUUCAUUGAGCCCUCCAAGCAGGAAGAAGAUGAGUACUACAAACAUAUCAUGAUGGUGGAUAUAGUCAAGGGUGAGGCACAGGAUCAGAAGACAAUACUUACUAGUGGUGAAUGGGAGGUCACUAAAAUUUUGGGAUAUGAUGACAACAAGAAGAUACUAUAUUUUAUGAGUCCCUACACAGAUGCUAGACAUAUGCAUUUCUUUGGUGUAAAUGUUAAAGACAAAUCCAUCAGAUCACUGACUCACAAUGUUGACAAUCAGUGCCAAUACAAUGAAGUGUUGAUGUCAGAUACAUUUGAAUAUUACAUUCAAGAAUGUCUGGGACCAGGCAUACCAAGAUACUCAUUGAUGUCAAUAGAUGGGCAUGAAGUGGAACGCUUAGAAAACAACACAGAAUUUGCUACAGCUAUUGCCAAGAAAGCUAUGCCAAUCAUUCAGUACCAUCAGAUAGAACUUAAAACUGGAGACAAAAUUUGGGGUAAAUUAUUGCUGCCUCCUACAUGGAAAGCAGAGGAAAUAACUAUGUACCCUCUAGUCUUUUGGGUAUAUGGUGGACCUGGUACACAGUCUGUUAAAGAAAAGUACACUAUUGACUGGCAGACCUAUUUGACCAGUUCUAAAGAGGUCAUUUAUGCUAUGGUGGAUGGUAGGGGGACAGGGGGAAGGGGAGAUAAUUUUAUGCACAGUAUUUAUCGAAACCUGGGCACUUUUGAAGUUGAUGACACCAUUGAGGCAGCCAAAUAUUUUGGAUCUCUUCCAUAUGUUGAUGAGAAAAGAAUGGCAAUCUGGGGUUGGUCAUAUGGUGGUUUUGUGACAGCCAUGGUUUUAGGAAAUAAAAAAAAUAACUUUAAGUGUGGCAUCUCAGUGGCUCCAGUAACGGACUGGCAGUAUUAUGAUUCUAUUUACACAGAGAGAUAUAUGGGUAUGCCUAGCAGUGAUGACAAUCUAGUGGCUUAUGAACAUGCUAAUGUAUCCAAGUAUGCAGAGAAUUUUAAAAAUACAGAGUUCAUGCUAGUUCAUGGUACAGCUGAUGACAAUGUUCAUUUUCAACAUUCAGUACAGUUAAUGAAAGUUCUUACAGAACAUGUCAUUCCAUUUAGAUUUUUGCUGUAUGGAGACAAAAAUCAUGGACUACUUGGAGGUAAUACGCGGCAUCAUUUGUAUCAGUCAAUUGAGGACUUUAUUUUUGAAGUUCUUUAUGGAGUUAGUGACAAGCCAAGUGACUAUUCAGAUGAAGAGUAGAUUUAUGGCCCCUUGGACGGACCUUUAUAUUAUUGUUCAGUGCUAACAAAUGUGUGUAGCCCUAAUUUAAAGUUGAACAAAUUAUUUUUUAACCUCACUGUUUAAACCCAGUUUUAUUUUAAAAAGAAUUUGUUGGAACUUGUAUUUUAUUGAAACAUGUCAGAAAAAUGUGUAAUAUUGCUAACACUACUGUGUUUUUAGUGUAAGCAUUUUUUAUAUUUCUUAAAAAAAUGUAAGUCAAAGAUUCUCAUAAAACUAUGAAAACUUUGCUGUGUUUGUUUAGGAAUGCUCAAGUCUUUCCAUAUAGUUUUAUAGUGUACGAUUUUUAAAAGAAAAUAAUUGUAUCGCCUCUAAGUUACAAAUGUUUUCGUUGAAAUUUAGCUUUUGAGUACAGUUAUAAAAGUGCUAUUUAAUUUGGAUUUAUUUUGUUUUAAUUUUAAGUAAAUUCAGUUAUUUAUUUGGUCCUAGUUUAUUAAUAUUUACAAUUACUAUCAAACUUUGAUUUUUCAUUUUGAUAAACAUUUUUAAGAAGUAAGAAGCUUUGCCAUACCGUUUCAUGAAAGAUGUUAAGAUAAAAUUGCUUUAAUUCAUGGUAAUAUAUUUGACAACAUUCCUGGUGUACAAAACUCAUCUAUAGACAGUUCUAGUUAUUGUCAUAAUGGUUGCCAAGGGUUGUAACUCUUAGAAGAGGAUUAUGCAAAACACAAAUCUCUAAAAAUUAGUUUUGUUGAGGAUGAAAUAAAAGUACUAUUUGUCUAAGCAUUUUUAAACUUAAACCUUGUAUUCUGAUUUAAAAAAAUGAAAAACUGACAUGAGUCUAGGUUCAUAUUCUUUAUUUUAUGGGAGCCAUUUUCCUAAACAUAUUUAAUCAAUCAUUUUCUUAAAGCUUUGUCACCUUUAAAUCUGUGUUUCUAUUAAAAUAUAUAUUUUCUAAAUGCAUCUCUCAAAAGUAUUAAUUACAGCACUCUUUGUAAAAUAAAGAUGUGUGAAUCAGUUAUUAUUAUUUGCUCUAUUAUUAGUUAAAAACUAAUAGUACCGUAAUGGUUUUAAAUUGUUUGUUUGUUUCUGUUAUCCCAGUUUACCGUACACUUGUACAUAAGUUUUAAUUUUCAAGCUUGUUGAUAUUAAAAUCAUUAUUAACAUUUAGAAUUGCUAAGACUUAAGCACAUGAAAAAAGUAAAACUUAAAAGUUAAUUUUUUUUAUAAUGAAUUUAAAAAAAAAUUUUCUUCCUUAUUUAUUUAUCUAACAAAUAUGUACACUUUUGAGAAAUAGAUUUCCUAUGUGAAUAUUUCUAAUGCUCUCUGAACUACAUUGGUUUUAACUCAUUAAUAAAUUUCACAACUUUAUCACCAGCAACUGUACAGAUAGAGAAUAAUUAUUUGACUAUUUGAUAAUUAAAACUUGGGUGCUCUCCCAUCCCAUAGUGUAAUCAUCAUCAUCUCCCCUUGUUUUAUGCUUUAUAACUUUCCCUAUCAGCCUCACUUACUUGAAAGCACUAUCACUGCCCUCUUACUUAUACAUAUAUAAAUCAUAACUGCCAAAAAGACCAGUGGUGGAUGUAUACAUUCUGUCAUUCAUUCGGCAGCAGCUUACAGCUAAUGUACAAGUGACUAAAUUAUGUGUUGUUUCAAAAAGAUUAGGAUGGCUGAAAAUUGUCCAAGUGAGACAGUUACUUCAAAGGAAGAGAAGAUUCCCUUGCACUCCAUUAUUAGCAUUAAGUAAAAUUUAAUCAUGGAACAAAAUAGUCAGAGGGCUUCAUUUUUAUUUGUUCUGAAGAUGGAGUAUAACUCUUUCAUAUAAAAAUACAGCGAUGAUUCAUGGCUUUAAAUAAUUGUUAGUGUUAGGUUUCUUUUGUAUCAUCUGUUAUUCCAACUUAUGAU